AUGAUCUUCCUGCGCUGGGACCAUGAUGCAGAGGAAAUGAUGACCUUUGAGCUCCGGGUCCACACUACUGGCUGGGUGGCAUUUGGAUUCAGCCCUCAUGGAGAGUUGCCUGGGUCUGACAUUGUGGUCGGGGGCGUUUUCCCCAAUGGCAGCAUCUAUUUCUCUUCCUACCAGUUCCCAAAUGAAGCUGCAAUCUCCAUAGGUACACCUAUGGAUCCUCAAUACAUCCGGCUGGAAAUCCACUACAGCAAUUUUGACUUGAUACCAGGAUUAAAUGACAACUCAGGGAUACGACUCUACUACACCCCAGACCUGCGGCCAAAUGACAUGGGGGUGCUACAAACAGGGGUGUUCACCUUCCCUGUCCAUUUCAUUCCCCCUGGAGCAGAUACCUACAAAUCCUAUGGACUCUGCAAAAGCAGUCAGUUCAAUGAGAUGAAUGGGACACCUGUGCCAGAUCUGAAGGUGUUUGGCUUCUUGCUGCACACUCAUCUGGCUGGGAGAGGACUGAAAGUUGUUCAGUACCGGAAUGGUGAGCAGGUGAGGAUCAUCUGUGAGGACAAUAAAUAUGACUUCUCCCUGCAGGAAACACGGGACUUGAAGGAGGUCAUCACCAUCAAAGUGGGAGAUGAGAUCCUAGUGGAAUGUAACUUUCAAACUUUGGAUCGGACGGAGAUCACCUUCGGUGGGCCAAGUACCUUGAAUGAGAUGUGCCUGGCAUUCCUCUUCUAUUACCCUCGCAACAACAUCUCCAGCUGCAUGGGCUACCCAGACAUCCAGCAGAUUGCCUACGCACUUGGCCAGGAGGCCUCAGAUGCGAUGGAAGGAAUGAUUGCCAUGAACUAUGUCGAGUGGAACAAUGAAACCAUCAAGAAUGCAGAGAAAGCAGCCAAGGAGGCUGAUCAAAUAGUCAUGAUUAAAACCAUUGACGAGCUACAGAAAAAUGAGAGUGGCAUAAUCCGGGACAUUACAAUUUCAGAGAGUGGUCUCUGCCAUGACAUUUCUGGACACCUCGGAGUGCGGGGUUCCCAAGUCACAGCAAACCUCCAGGGGGCUGCAGCUGUGAUUUCCCAGGCUCUCAGCACUGCAGAGAUCUUGCCUCUUCCUCUCCUGUUGCUGACACAAUUGGCAUUCACCUGGCUUCUCACUUCCUCCCAGUGUAGAAUUUGAGGGGCAGAAUCUCUGUUUUGUUAUAGCAUAUAAUUAACCCAUUGAAGCCUCUACAAUUACAGUGUGGUGAUGGGAUAUUUACCUGGUAAAGCUUCUGAAAUCCCUCGCAGUGACAGGAAAUUUACCCAGCAAAGUCUCUGAAAUCACUGGGCAUGAAACUGUAUUUACCUACUAAGGUUUUUGGGAUCCCUGUUGUGAUAAAAAUGCCUUUUAGUAUAAUAUUCCUUUCUAAAUCCAGGAAAUACUGCAAUAUACUGCAGAAAAGACAGUAUUGCAAGAGGAUAAAGGCCCCCUUUUUAGACUCUGAUCUUGCCCUUAAUGUCUACUAGAGUGUUUACUCAUUCAAGGAUCCCUAGUAGCUGGGCAGUCACUUGGUAUGUAUCCACUGGCCUUUCAGUAAUCACUGUCCACCAACAGGGUAUUUACCCAAUAAACAUUCUAUAAUCAUUAUCCAGUCACAGGCUAUAUACCUAUCCAGUGUUCUGUGAUCACUAUCCAGUUAAAUGCUCUUUAGUCAACAAUCCAAAAAGUGAGUAUGAUUUACCUGUUAAAUACUCUCUCAUGUCCAGUAUCAAGGUAUUUAGCUAGUAAAUGUGCUGCAAUUGCCUCCAUUGACAGGAGGAUUAACUGGUAAAUGUUGUGUUAUCAUAAUACAGUGACAGGGUGUUUAUCAAGUGACUUUGAAGGCUCUAAACACUACAGAGGUACUGCCUGUUCCUCUCUGGAUGCACUAUCAAAAUGUGAAGACACACAAACUAUGGGAAUCCUAUGCCUGGGCAGGUAACACCUUAUUAUCACACCUAUUUUUGUUUUGUUUUUUUUAAAACUGUAAAUGUAUGUUUUCUUCCAGUGUCAAAAAGACCUCCAAAUUCUGAAAUGAAAUGUUUCUCUAAUUGCAACGCUGUGUUGAUUUUUUAAAGGGGAAGUA